CAAACUUAAACCAGGAAGCCAUUUUUCAAGAGCGACAGAGGGAGAGGGAGAAUGGCACAAGCUAUGGCUUCAAUGGCAGGCUUACGUGGAAUCACUCAGGCCGGCUUGAGCGAAGCUGAGCUUAGUGGGCAGAGCAGGCUGACAGGCUGCCCAGGGAGCAGCCGUUGUGGUUGUGGGCGAGCUGGAAUUAGGGCCCAACAGGCGCAGAGGGCGAGGUUGCGGCCCAAACAGGGAGGAGGAGUUGUGCUUGGGCUGGUUGCCCGCGGACUGGCCGGUGGUCUUUUGUUCAGGCCGUGCUGUGAUGCCAAGUCCAUUAAGUUGGGCCACCCCUCCACCCUCGGUGGACUUCCCGGAACAUUGAACUCAGAUUGAACAAGAGACUUUGAUCUCCCACUUAAGGACCGAUUCUACCUCCAACCGCUCCCACCAGCAGAGGCUGCAGCAAGAGCCAAAGAAUCCGCGAAGGACAUCCUCAGCGUCAAAGAGCUCAUCAACAAGAAAGCGUGGCCCUACGUAAUGAAUGACCUCCGCCUCAAGGCCUCGUAUCUCCGUUACGACCUCAACACGGUGAUUGCAGCAAAAUCCAAGGAAGAGAAGAAACCCCUCAAGGAACUCACAGGAAAGCUCUUCAAUACUAUUGAUGAACUUGAUCAUGCGGCGAAGACUAAGAACGCUGAAGAGGCAGAGAAGUAUUAUGCAGCGACCAAGUCGGCUCUGGACGAUGUCUUUGCCAAGCUUGGUUAGAGGAAACAAAUUUAUGUCUGUAAUGUUAUCUUUCAGUUUUCUUUGUCUAUAUAAGAACUAAGUCCAAUUUGUGUGAUUUCUGGUACGUUUGUCUCAAGAAAUUUGUGCUUGUGGCAACAUUCAGAUCUUGCAGCUCAAAGACAGGGUAACAGGAAACAACUUUUGAGAAGCUAUUAA